AUGGAAGGACGAAAGGCUCAUUUCAAAGAUGGUUCGAGUGCUGAUAAUAUCGAUGCUAUUAUCUUUUGUACUGGUUAUCGUCAUUUUUAUCCAUUUAUGGCCAAACGAUUUCGUUUACAUUGUGAUGUAGAUGAAAUCAUCCCGCCGAGUCUUUACAAAAGCAUCUUUUGGAUUGAUCAACCAUAUCUCGCCUAUUUAGGUGCUACAAGGUACCUCUAUACAUUCCCUUUGUUCGAGCUACAAACAGCACUUGUACGUGAUGUCUUUCUUGAUAAUGUUAAAUUUCCUGAGAAAGAUCAAUGGCAAGCUGAUCUAAAUGAAUGGAAAAAACGAGAAGAAGCGAUGGUACCUUUCAAUAUUCUCGUUUGGAUUGAUUUAGAACUUGAUUAUAUGCGUGAUAUCCUCGCUUUAUUACAUACACAUGAUGGGAAUCAAUCUUUAUCAAAUUUCGAUUUCGAUAAAGCUCAAAAAAUACUAAAAGAACAUUUCGACAAUAAAUUACAUGAUAUGUUGGGUUAUCGUGAUAUAUCCUACGAAUCUAUUUCCAGUACGGAAAACACAAAACUUAUCCACGUUUACAAACCAUGGCUUGAAAAUAUGGUUGAUUCAAUAGAAAGUUUUCUAAUUAAUUAUCGAGAGAAAUUAUAA